AUGGCUCAUUGGUGGAGAGUUGGUGGCCCAACUUAUGGCACUGCUAUGUUUUCCUUUUCUAAAAAACUACAAUAUGUCAAAAGGAAGCUGAAGAAUUGGAACAAGAAUUGCUUUGGUAAUCUUUACAUUAUGAACAAGAGGGCUCAAGAACGUCUGGUAGUCAUUACAAGGAAAAUUAGAGACCUAGGUUUUUUUGAAGCUCUUAGCAGAGAAGAAUCUCAAGCUUCCAGGGAUUUAGAAGAGUGGGAUCUUAGAGAGGAAAUUUAUUGCAAGCAAAAAGCUCGAAUUGAUUGGGUCCAGGAAGGAGAUAAGAAUACUGUAUUUUUCCAUAAAUCUGUUCAGGGCUGCCAAAAUCGGAGUUACAUUUCAUCUCUUGUUAAUUCUGAUGACCUGCACUUGGCCUCCUUUCAAGCCAUUUCCAGGGAAGCCAUCCGGUUCUAUUCCACUCUUUUUUUAGAAGAUUCGCUUCUCACUGAUAAUGAGGAGAAUAUUAUAUUGUCUUGCAUCCCCUCUCUUGUGAGUAGAGCAAUGAAUGACUCGCUUAUGAGGUUGAUCUCUAUGUCUAAAUUGGAGGAAGUGGUUUUUAGUAUGCAUAAGGGAAAAGCUCUUAGGCCUGAUGGCUUCCUAGUGAAAUUUUUUCAAGAGUUCUGGGGUAUUAUUAGUCAGGACUUAUUAGUUGUGGUUCAAGAAUCACACUCUAACAAAUAG